UAUUUUAAAAUCAUGCACUGUUCAUUUCCAUGGAGAGAUGGCAUGCGUGCUCCUCUUCACUCGACUUCUUCCCUUCUCACACCGCCUCACAAGAACAUCUAUUUGCUUGUUUUCGCUUUUUCUGUCUUAUUUGUGCUACUGUGCACUGUUCCCAGCCGACACCAUCAUGCAAACGUCAGAUGAUCCGACGCCCAGCUGCCAGCGCGUCCUGGAUCAUGGAGCCAAAAGACGCAUCCAGAAGUCCUUGUUCUGCGUUCUGCAGCAGAGCAGCGCGGAUGCAUCCCGGAUGAAAAGCGACCAAAGACCCUCCAUGAACGUCCACAACGACACGCCCAGCCCUCCCAUGAGUAAUCUAAAGUUUGGUAAUAAGAAGUUACCAAACGCCAUCAUAGUUGGAGUGAAAAAAGGAGGCACAAGAGCGGUUCUAGAGUUUAUAAGGAUUCAUCCGGACGUGCGCGCGGCUGGCACGGAGACGCACUUCUUUGACAGAAACUAUGACAGGGGCCUGGAGUGGUACAGAGGUUUAAUGCCAAGGACUCUUGAAAGCCAAAUCACAAUGGAGAAGACGCCAAGCUACUUUGUGACAAAAGAGACGCCACAUCGGAUCUCUGCCAUGUCUCGAGAUACAAAGCUCAUUGUGGUGGUGCGGGACCCUGUGACUCGUGCAAUAUCAGACUACACUCAAACUUUAUCCAAAACUCCUGACCUGCCGAGCUUCCAGGAUCUGGCCUUCAGAAACCAGAGUCUGGGCAUCGUGGACACAUCUUGGAAUGCCAUCAGGAUCGGCUUGUACGUUCUACAUCUCGAGAACUGGCUCCGCUACUUCCCUCUGGCUCAGAUCCACUUCGUUAGUGGGGAGCGUCUUAUCACAGACCCAGCAGGGGAGCUGGCCCGGGUGCAAGACUUUGGGUUAAAGAGAAUUGUCACAGACAAACACUUCUACUUCAACCGCACUAAGGGCUUCCCUUGCCUUAAGAAGCCUGAGAGUAGCGGCUCACCUCGGUGUCUGGGCAAGUCAAAGGGCAGAACUCAUGUGCAGAUAGAUAGAGACGCUAUAGAGCAAUUAAGAGACUUCUAUAGACCUUAUAAUGACAAAUUUUAUGAAAUGGUGGGUCAUGAUUUCAAGUGGGAGUAGAGGCUUGAGAUGUGUUUUUAAAUUGUUCAGUACAAGAAAGAUUCCUACAUUCCUUCUAUCAAAACUUGUUUAACUGUCAGUAUUAUACAGGGGCACGCAAGAGCAAAUGUGCUGCAGUGGCCUAAAAGAUUUCCUUUAGGAGAAACAGACUUCAAAUUCAAAGCAAUGCAUAUUAAAAAUACAAAAGGCCAAAACAAAAAGAAUGGACACUUACUGCAAAUUAAAAUACAGUAAACAGAGACAUAUGCAUUAACAGCAAAUAACAUGGCAAAAUAUAAAUGGCAGUGCCCAGGCCAGUGGGGGUGCAUCAUGUUACAUAUUUAUUUUGAGAGGUGAGGAAAGAAAACCGUGGCUAUUAAUUAUAAGACCAAAAUAUUAGACUGACAUCACUCAUGGAAACUUUAAAACUUGCAGGAAAAACAUAAAACUUUAGUCUUUCAUUUUACCACUUAUUUACUGUAGACCAUGACAGCUCAAGUUACUGUUUUGGCUAGGUAAUAGUACCGCUAACCAUACUUACAAUCAACAGUAACUUUCACAAACUACAAUUUAAAAUCCAAAUAUAUGACUCAUUUAAAAAUAAAGUUCUUAAUUGAGUUUUUUUGUUAUGGAGAAAUUGUUUAUUGUGGACAGAUAGUGUUGCUAAAGUUUCACAAUGCGGUUAGUGUUGCUGCUAUGCUAGUUAGAGUGUUAGCAUCAAUAUUCCCCAUAUACUCUAUGCUCCCAAGGCUGGCAAAGACUUAGAAAGCUAAAAGUACUGCUAGCUACACAGUUUGCUACGCUAACAUCUUAACAGCAGCUACAUUCAUCAGUAAUAAUAAGUGUAGAAAAAAAGACUACAAACUGAAAACUCUGUAGCUGGUACUAGAAACACCCUACUUCAGCCAGUUUUGAGUUAAACUAGAGAAGCUCUGCUAGCUCUGGUAGUAUAACCCAUAGACAUAUAUACAUAGAUGCCACACUGACUGUGUUUUCGAGCUGCUGCGAUACAUCAGCACGUCCGCCAUGUUGAAUGUGGCGGGUCCGCCGUGUAAACUACUUCAAGUAGAUAUGAAACUGUGGGUUUUGUGAAAAAUAAUUACUUUUUUCACUGCAUUUCACUAAUUUGAUCAACCGUUUUGACAAUAAAGUAUCAAAAUUAAUGUAAGUACAAAUUAUUUAGAAAAAACAAGUACAAAGUCUUUUUUAUCAAAUUAAUAAAAGGCUACAGCUGGCAGUGAGUCUGCUUUUUUGGCAGUGGAAUGAUAAAUAAACCCCAUUACUGAAAUUAUAGACAUUUUUUAAUUGUACAAAACCGCAUUUAAUGCGAAAAAAACGUGCAGUAGGUUACUGCUAAUACUGUUAUGCUACGUACGCCCAACAUACAAGUCAUACUGUUCAUUAUGAUCACUUACCAUUUGAUCACAUUACUCACUGGUGGACUCUUGUUAGUUUGAUCACCUGUAUCCAUGCCUUUUUGAUGAGACAGCUGCUGUAGGGAAAUAAAAUCAAUGUAGGCACCACUUUAUGAGGUUACAGUAGAUUUAACAGGUGUGCCGUGUUUUCACACUAAGCAUAGAAUGAAGGAGUUUUUAAAAGUUAAUGUUAAGGCUGUGGAGACCUCUUUAAAAACAUUUAUGGCGUAAUUUGGAAAGCUCUGCUAAUCGUAAGAAGUCAAAUUUACAUCAGGAUGGUCAUAUAACAACAAUCACGAGGCAUGUUUCUAUCGUACAUGUGUGCGCGCAUCUUUACAGAUUGCAACCUUCAACAUGACGAAGGACUUGACAUACUCUCAGCCAGUCAAUGCGGCGUCUAUGUAUAUAUGUCUAUGGUAUAACCACCCCUGCUUAGUGUAGCUUAUUUUUGCUAGUUAGCCCAGUAAGGCUGAUAGUCCAGUGGGAACAAUGAGUGCUUUGCCUUAAAUUUGCAUUGUUAAUGAAUUUGUAUCCCAUUUCUCCUCUCUUAAAUCUUUUGGGCUGUUGUAACAUUGUCCUUGUUAGCCUCUACAGUAAAAUGUCAGUACUAUGGCAGAUAGCUAAUGAUCCCUGGAAUGUAAUGAGCAGGAGCUGUAUUUUUAUUUUAAAUGAUGCUACUAAACAGAACAACAUGUAAGAUGACAUUGCUUUUGCACUUGUAAUGAUCAGUUACCAGCAAGCAUCCCGUUUGUUGCCAGAUAUAGCCCAUCAUUUCAGCUCCAGAUCACUAUUUCUGUCACUGUAACUGUGUUUA